ACCGCCAGCAACCGGAACCAAAAGAUGGUUGUAUGGAGCUCGAAGGCGAAGAUGGUUCCAAAUUCCCGUUGGAAAGUGGCGACAAAGCAUUGUUCGGACGAGGUUCUGGUUUCAAUACCGACGACCAUACUGUUUCCCGUCGUCACGUUUCAUUCCAACUCAAUGAGUCCGAGUCCGAGUCAGAGGCUUCUAGGGUUUCAUUCCAAGUCAUCGGCACAAACCCCAUUUGGGUUUUGAAGAACAGCGACAAAACGCUUAACCUCUUCAAGAAGUUCGAUAUGGGUCAAUUGGAACUCGGAGACCGUUUCUGCUUGUCCGGGAAAACACCCAUUUGGUUCAAAUUGAACAAAGCUCAAGUUUCUGAAACUCAGAUUGAGUUUGACCAACUUGAUAUUUCACAAAUUGAUCCUGUUAAAGAGUUUGGCUUUCUUGUGAUGAGACAUGAGUUUGACAGAUAUCCGAAGGGAAUGAUCCGGAAUGUGGAGAAUUGGAACUGGUUUCUUGAUGAGCCUAGCAAAGAAAGUGAGGAUGAGGAUGAAGAUGAUUUUGAGGGGAUGAAGUAAAAGAGGGGAAAGCGGAAAGUAUUUAAAGACGAUGAGGACGACGAGUGGACUGGUGAUAGUGAAGAUGAUGAAGACCUUGUUGCUAAGACGGGGAAAGGUAAGAAACCUGUGUACUCCACAAGGUCUAGAGACAAAGGAGAAGCUAAAAGAAAGAAAACAUCUAGUGUCAACAAAACCGUUGAAGAAGAAGAAGAUGAUAAUGAUAAUGAUAAUGAUGAUGAUGAAGAUGAUGAUGAUGAUGAUGAGACACUAGGAGGUUUCAUUGUUACCGAUGAAGAAGAUGAUGAGGAGGAACAGGACAAUGACGAAGAUGCGGAGGAAGAGGAAGAGUUUGAAGAAGAUGACGAUGAUUGAUGCUGUGGCGGGUUAUAAAUUCAUGGGAGAAAAUCGACAUCCUUCUGGAAACCGAGUGUUGUGGCCUUAUGAUGUUAAUAUGCAGUCAUCUAGUGACACAAGUAGUUUUCACUUUUCAACAUGAUAACAUCAAUUUGGUUGUUUUUUUGUGAUGUUCUGAUGGAUUGUUGUAUGUUUAGGACUAUAUUCAAUGUAUGAAGCUGGUUAUGAACUCUAAACAUCUUCUUUUCUCUUCAUUUUCAACCCAUCAAAGAACACAUAAAUUAUUGUCCAAAAAAAAAGAACACAUAAUGACAACUUAGAUAUUCUGAGCAAAAUUAUUUGUCAAGGGACCAUUUAAAACCCAAAUCUUGGUUGUGAUUUCUAUAAAAACAGCAACAAAACUUUAGAUACAUUUUGGUCUCUUUAAUUUUGGGCGGAUUCAGUAUUUCAACCACAUAAAAAGAACCUAGUCCUUCCAAAAUUAGUGGGAAACUAAAAUCAUAUUGUGAGUGUUGUGAGGGAGAAAAUGAGAAAAAUUUUGAGUAUAAAGAAAUUUGUUUAGACUAUAUUUAAUAUAUUUAUAGCAUGUUUGGUUUACCUUCUGUAGCAACCUGCCUAAAAAUUUAGCUUUUAG